AUGCCCACGCUCCUGGCGGAGUUCCGCCACGCGGGGUUCCAGAAGGGGCGCGACUUCCUCUCCGUGCACCUGCCCAUGGUCGCUGGCGACGUCAGAAAUUGCGGUUUCUGCAUCGUUGCGUUCGAGAAAGCGACUGCGCGCAACGAGUUCAUGGUUGCGUUCCAGGGCAGGGGCAUGCGCUACGCGGCCUCGGCGCCACGCGUGAGCGCUGCGCCCUCCGUGCCCCUGGAGGUCCUGCUGGCCACCGAUGCUCUGCUGCAGGAGAGGUCCCGCGCGAGAGUGGCGCCGAGCCGCAGCGGUGCCCUGGGUGCGGCUGUCAGGUGGAGGCUCGCUACAAAUUCUGCACCCAGUGCGGAGUGUCCUUGCACGAUACGGGCGCAGGCGGCUGGCCGCAGCAGCCUCGCUGAGCAGCCCAGCGGCUCCGGCGGCGCUGCCGCCGCGGGCGGCGUCCCCCCCGCGGUGGCCCAGGUAAAGUUCCUGAGCACCAGUCGCUUGACAAAGGUGCGCACCCUUUCCGCGAUUUCAAUAUGUAGGAUGGCGAGCGUCCCCCAAUCAUCCUGA